AUGAAAGUUAGAAGUGGUUGUUCCUAAUUUCCAACUCUCUUACAGAUAUUCUCCUAUGUACUUUUCAUUUCAAAUGUUUUCAUCACUUAUAUUCAUACUUUUAUUCUUGAAGAAAAAGUAAUAUCAUUAUCAUAUUUAGAUAGUACAUUACAUAAUUUUCUCUUUCUUGGUUUUAAUUUGUAUUUAUUUUUCUUUAAAAACUACCAUGAGCGAUCCAAUUGAUAAUUUUGUGAUUUAAUAAUAAAAUAAUAGAGGGUAUAUAAAUUUUGAAGAAAUUAGAGUAUAUUUUGAUUAUGAAGAACAUCAACUCACCCAAUUUUGUGAAGUUUGCAUAGCUUAUGUUAAAGAGUAAACCAAACAUUGUGGAUAUUGUAAUAGGUAGUUUAAAAUUUUUAUUAGAUGUUGCGAAGGUUUUGAUCAUCAUUGUUAUUGGAUCAAUAAUUGUAUAGGAAGAAAAAAUUAUAAAUAAUUUAUAGGAAUGAUUAUAUCUACAUUCCUCUUCCUAUUAUAUUCUAUAAUUGUGAAUGCAAGAGUCAUUAAUUAAUACAAUAAAUAAGAGCUAUAAACUGUAGAAGUAAAUUUUCAUUUUAUUAAAGAUUUAUUCAGAUAAAUAAGAGUUGAUAUUAAUAAUAAUAACUAUUAUUUUCUUAAUUAUUGAAAUAAUUGGAUCAUUAUUUCUUCUAUAAUUAAUUGUAUUUCAUGCAUACAUUUAUAAAAAAGGAAUUACGACAUUUGAAUACAUAAUUGAUUCGAGAAAUAGACAAGUUUAAUAUACAAAUCCAUCAAUAAUAAAAAAUAUCUAUAAUCAGGAUAGUAAAAUGAAGGUUAUUAAGAAUACUGAAGAAAAAGAGUAGAAACCUAUAAACUUAGGUAAAGAAAAUGAAAAAUAAGCUUGCUAAAUUUUUAUGAAUAAUGAAAUGAUAGAGUAAGAAGGAUCACGUUAAUCAUCUAAAAAAAUAGUCGAAGCAUUAUUCUAAAGACGGAAACUCACUUAAGAAGGAGGUCCUGAUUAUUAAAAUGAAGGUAUAAUCAAUUUCUUUUCUUAACGACUCUAAAAAUCUGUAGAUUUUAGAUUUAAUACCUAAUCGAAUAAUAUUGACACUAUGAAACCAGAUCUAAACUAAUUUGAAUGA